GGACCAGAGUCGAAGCACUAAACUGGGUAGUCACGUGUAUAUUGAAACAUAACCCCCGUAGAGGCGUAAUAACUUUCCCUCUCUUUGCAAGUUUCAGCUUCGGAUCUGUGCGAAAAAGGCUGGGCAAUCGAGAAUAUAGCCUCAAUUGUAGGCUAGAUGCACAUCUGAAAAUGUUAUGAGUAUUUUAUAUUCUUCAACAAUGUGGCAGAAACUGCUAAAUGACCAUAAACAAUAAAGCACACUUUGUAUUUUUUUUAAAUCCUGGACACUGGAACAAACACAAUCUCUUUCGUCUUGUUUUGGAUAUUUUUUUGGUCAUAAAAAUGGUUUCAAAUCAGCACUAUUCGAUGGGGGUUAUGCAUUCCGCGUUGUCUCUACUGUUCUGUGUCCAGUUCGGUCUGUCUUUCUCUGUGGCUGGACAUGAGAACACCUGUGAUGCGAACGGCAGCGUCUACUAUGUGGGAGAAUGGUACUUUCUAGAAUCGGACCACUGCACGCAGUGUGAAUGCACCACAGAGGGGUCGUCUUGUGCACGGACGGAGUGUACCUCUUUGCCGGCCGCUUGCAUCCAUGUCAGCCACUAUCCCACUGACUGCUGUCCAAGAUGUGAGAAAAUAGGCUGCGAGUACCGGGGAGUGGUGUACGAACUGGGACAAAACUUCCAGCCCAACGAGUGCGAGCAGUGUACCUGUGACAGUGAUGGCAUCGCCCGCUGCCUGGUGGCAGACUGCGCUCCCCCGCCCUGCAUCAACCCUAUCUACACCAAAGGGAAGUGCUGCCCAGAGUGCCCAGAGGGGCCCAACUGCUAUGUGGAUUCAACCCGGAGCCAGGUGAUUCCAGGACAUGAACCACUGUGGGUGGACUCCUGCACCAAGUGCCGCUGUCACGACUCAGGUGACGCUGGCUACUGGGAGGGCAACCGCUUGGCCACCUGUUCCCGCGUACGCAACUGCACCCCUGGAGAGACUAGCCAGAAAAACUGAUUAAGUAGGACCAGUCAUUUGCCCCGGUAUAGGGUGAAGUUGCCGCUAGACACUGAUCUUGGGUCAGUUUUGAAUUUACCCCCACUAAUGGUUAAUGUUAAGAUUGGAGGAGGGGAAGCUGAUCCUAGAACUGUACCUAGAGGAAACUUCUCCCCAGAGCGAUUUGCCCCUGAAUGCUUGGUGGUUAUCAGCAGGACGGUUAGAGUGUUGGGCUAGUAACUGAAAGAUCACUGGUUCGAAAUACCCAAAAGAACCGGUCGAUGUACCCUUGAGCGAGGCACUUAUCCCUCAUUUUCUCCAUAGGCACCAUACUACUAUGGCUAACCAUGUAAAACAACACAUUUCACUGCACUUAUCCGGUGUAUGUGGCAAUAAAAUAUAUUUUUACAUUUGUACUGACAUGUACUGUAGCAUGUAUCACAAACACUUCUACAGCAGAAAAAUCCAACUGUAACUACUAUGUGAAUGUAUUGUUCGCUCCCAUUCCAAAGAGACUGGAGUUGUUUUGCUGGCAUUAUAUUGCAAUAUUCAUGUUCAUGUAUUAUCAAUCAAUGAACAUGUCAAGAGGCAGUUCACUCUCAAAUCGAAGUUUGCCUGAGGUUUUCAGACUUAAAAAGUGGUCUAAUGUCAAGAUGAGUACACGUCCCACACCAUCUGCUGUCAAGAUCCAACAAUCAGCCUCAAACUCAAAUAUUUCCUAUUCAUUUAAGAUGGAAGCCUUUAUCUGUUAGGGACCAUCUCAUGAAUCUCUUCUUGAUAUUAGACCACUUUUGAGAUCUGAAAACACAUCCGCAUAACUUUGAUUUUGGAGUGAACUAUCUUUUUAACAUUCCUUGCCCAAAACAUUUCCGAAUAUAGCUGAAGGAGGGGUGCAGUUUGACCCAACUGAGCCUGAAGACCUCUGCUUUCGUGUGUGUACUCUAAACAAGGAUUACGCAGGUGAAGUAGCCACAUAUUUCUACACUAGUACAAAUGUUUCAAUGUGGUGUAGAUGAUAGGGACUAUCCUACAUUUUGGGAUGUUAUACUUCUCUAGUAGUGUUAUUGGAAGAUUUUGACCAACUUCGAUGGAUAUUAAUUGAGGUAUACCGUCUCCAUCUUAUUUGAAUUGGUCAUGAAUGGAACAUUAAAUAUAUGAAAAUAAUUGAGAGGCUCUGAAAGCUAAAGGCUAGUUAGUGUAAGCAACAUUACAUUUUUUGAAUGAAUGCUAUAGGUUUGUAAACUAUAAGCAACUCACUAUCAGAAUGUCCGAGAUUCUGUUCACUUUCUUCCUUUACAUCCGUUCUUAAGGGACCAUUGCAUGAAAACCAUUAAAGGCAAGAAACCGUUCUUCUUGUGUAUGUUGUUGUGUAGCAUAUUGGUCUAUGCUGGCAUGGAUAGGAUGCCAACAUCCAAGCUUUGUCAUUUCAGGCAAGGCUCUCAUUACACUUCUCUAGUCGACUCUCCUAAUACCGUGUCUCUUGAUUAUGUUAUUGAAGAUGUUGUAUGUUGUUUAUCUUUUAUCCAUACCUUUAGAAACUCCCUCCAUCUUUCAUAAAAAAAAACUAUGUAAACUAACAGUAA